GUCCCAAGUACCGGCUGUAGCUGCCCCACACUGCCUGCCAGGGCUGAGCCUCUCAUCUACAAAUACCCCAUCAGGCAUAUUACCCAAGGAACAUGGAGAUGCGAGUCCUUUGGCUUUUGCUCUUUGCUGGAUCCGUGGCACAAGAAGACAUGGAUAGAAAUAUCUUCUUCUUCCCCAAAAAGUCUGUUGAUGAUUAUGUGGUUCUGAAACCAGUGGUGACUGGGCCUUUAAAUAACUUCACCGUUUGCUUGAGGAGCUACACAGAGGUUGGAAACUCUGCCCUUUUUACCCUAGGCACCCCCAAAUCACAAGUCCGCAAUAUGUUUGUUAUUUACCAGUCCCAUAUACCUUAUUCCCUACCAUUUUAUUAUUCCAUUAUCUACAUAAACAAUACACAGGUGUACAUAACUGGAAAGGCAAAUCCUCUGGACUGGAAUCACAUCUGUGUGACCUGGGACUCUGACACUGGGGUUCUACAGCUUUGGGUUAAUGGGAAAGUCUCCCCUCUCGCAGUACUGCAGAAAGGCUUUUCUAUUGAUCUCCAGGAUGGUAUUUCUCUGGGUCAGAUGCAGAGAUAUUAUAGAUAUCAUAGUAUGGAGUGGGAUCGUGAAGCUUCCUUUCAAGGGGAAAUAACCGAUGUCCAUAUGUGGAAUGAGGUUUUGCCUCCUGAGACCAUAUGGCAGGUCCAGCGAAAUAGUUGGUAUACGAGUGGGAAUGUCAUUAGCUGGAGGUCUCUGAACUACGCAAUUAAUGGAGAUGUCAUUGUGCAACCCAAACUCUAUUGAAGAUGUGGAAGUCUCCAAACUGCUUGAGCGCCUAGUAUACAACCGACUGACGCUAUUCCUCUCUGACAAUAACCUCCUGGAUCCCCUACAAUCUGGUUUUAGACAACAACACUCCACAGAAACUGCUCUAACCCGACUAACAAAUGACCUUCUUUCGGCUAAAGCCAAAAAACACUACUCGCUACUAAUACUUCUCGAUCUCUGUGCUGCUUUUGACACU